AUGAAUAAAUGGAAGGAAUACUACGAAGAACUCUUAACGGAAAAUAGGCAGGAAUACGUCACAAUAUCACCCACAGAGAUAAAUAUUUCCGGAGAAGUUAUUAACAUCGACAUACCGCAAACGAAAAAGGCAGUGGCAGCACUGAAAAAUAACAGAGCCCCGGGACCGGAGAAUAUUCCAGGUGAAUUGUUAAAAUGUGGAACAGAAAAACUAUUUAAAGCCUUAACCUGGUGUAUUAAUAGAUUCUUAAACGGCGCCCCAAUACCAAAGGAGUGGAAAAUCGCCUAUAUAUCCUCAAUCCACAAAAAGGGAAAUAAACAAGUGUGCUCCAACUAUAGAGGUAUAUCAGUAACAAGUACCCUAAGUCGAUUAUAUGGACGGAUCCUUAGAGAUUUAAUAGAACAGGAAUACCAACAACAAGAAGAGGAGGAACAAUCUGGUUUUCGGACUGGGAGAACCUGUACCGAUAAUAUUUUCUGUGUGAAACAACUAAUAGAGAAAAAAAGUAGUAUUGAUCAGGAGACACACCUCAUGUUUAUUGACCUUCACAAAGCAUAUGAUACCGUUCCAGUUAACAGACUGUUCAAGGUACUACAGGACACCAACAUUAACUACACCUUAAUUAGAGCUCUGAAAAACUUGUACGAAGAAUCGACAUCACAAAUUAAAAUAGGCAACACAUUAUCUGGAAGAUUCUUUGUCAAUAAAGAACUAUCUAGCGUACAUCUAGAAAAUGAAGAGAUAGAAGCCUGCAAUGACUACACCUAUCUAGGAGUGAUAUUUGAUACAACAGCUAAAGAUGACAAAGAAAUUAAAAAACGAAUAUCACAAGCUAGAAGAACAAUUGGCUGUCUGAAUGGAGUAUUUUGGAGUAAUGAAAUAGGGAAGAAACGGAAGAUCAAUAUAUACGAGACCCUGGUAAAGAGAAGUCUACUUUAUGGUGCAGAGACUUGGCGAAUAACGGAAGCCAACCGAAAAAAACUGGAAGCGGUAGAAAUGGAUGCCUAUAGAAGAACCUUAGGAAUUUCCCGAAGAGAUAGGGUCCGAAACGAAGAAAUCCAACAGAGGAUAGGAAUAGAGGGAUCUUUGGCAACCGACAUCUAA